GGUCAAUCGGAUUGGACCCAAAUUAACGGAACGAUGCCAUCGGACGUUCCCAACCAGAUAUUAGACAUGAAAGUGUUGGCCGCUACUAAUGAGACACUUUUGAUCGGUUGGAAGAGACCCCACGACAACGGGGCCCUCAUCUCAGAGUAUAGGAUGGAGUUAAGGAAUGUGGAGCAGAGCUCUGUCAUCGGGGAGACUAUGAUUGUGAAGGACACUCAGCACGAGAUCAGACGGAACUACAUGUAUAUAUUCGUAGGCCUCGAACCGGCCACCAAAUACUCGUUUCAGGUGAGGGCGUGUUCAUACCUGGGUUGUGGUAAGUGGUCGGAGCCGCAGUUGUCGGCGCAGACAAGCGAUGGUAACUCAGAGGCGCCCCUAAACCUGCGAGUGGUCUGCGCUUUCGACGGCAGGCGGUCCGCAAACUUUGCAAACAUUUCGUGGACACAAAGCUCUAACACUCGCGGGACUGUUGUUGGCUAUAAUGUGACGGUCGUCGGGAGUGCCAGAUAUCGCAACAGUAAUGACCAGAUAGUGACCGACCAUAUCGUGGAAUGGCAUCGCAUUCACAGCAAUACUACUCAUCAAAUUCAGCUCCCAUUAAAAGCCAACACCAACUACACGGUUCAGUUGUGUGCCAUCAAUCUGAGCGGUUGUGGCACAUGGACUCCCAUCGACUCCCACUCCAAGUGCUCGACCGGCCCUCAUCUGCAGCACAACUUUCCCGGUAUUAGGUUUGAGACGACCGGCUCUAUCGGUGAGUUAAAAAUGGUUUUCCCGCGAGUGUCCGAACGGUUCGGUUUAGUCACCUGUUAUCGAGUGUUUGUCGUUAAACUGCCGUUUGGUUACACUCUGUCGGACUUAAGCCCGUAUAAGCCAUCGGAGCUCAACCUAACCAGUUAUGCCAAAGUACAUUACCAUCAAGUAUUCAAACCUCAAGCAUAUAUCGCCGAUGAGAUACCAUCCCUUGAAUUCAAUAAUGAGGUAAUUAUUGGCGAUCGAAAGUAUACGAGUUGUAUGGAUGCGGGGAAAGACAAUCUGGUGCUCAAUGGGCCGGAGGAGGAGCUCAUGUCAAACACGAGUGAACUGAUAGAUGACGGGCCGUUAGCCGAGUUAACCAAUUAUACAGGUUUUGUCGAAAUUCACGUUUUGGGUGCUAAUGGAGUGAUAUUACGAAAACAGAGCACAUACUUGAGCCCAAUUCAGACCAGUUCCUCGCCAUUGCUGUCGAUGCCGACCUCAACCAACUCUGUGUCGCCUUUAUUGUCAUCGAUCGGCAAUCCGAGCACUACUACUAUCCUGUUAUGCCUUAUCAGCGGAAUUGCUAUUAUUUUAUUGAUUAUUAUUUUAAUACUUUGGCUCUUAAUUCGCCGCAACAAUGAGUCCAAUAGUGGCGGACAUACCGUUUCCUCGCGACAGACUCACGACAAACUCAACUCAAUUCAGCGCUCAAAACACGUUCACUCGAAUGGCAUUGUUAUGAACGGUGUUCUGCCGGCACAGACACUCCAUGGCAGUCAAGUGUCGGCCCAUUCAUCGGACAGGGAUUGCAUUCCUGUUGCGGUGAUUCAUCUGAUAAAUUUGCCGCAAAUCUAUAGAGAAAGAAGUGCUCAAAAUAACAGACUCUUUGAAUUGGAGUUCAAUUCACUGCCGAAAUCGUUUGACGACAGGACGAGUCGGACCGCCGAAGCGGAAGCAAAUGUCACCAAAAAUCGAUUCCCAAGUGUUAAGUGUUUUGAUGAGACGAGGGUUAGGCUGUCGCUCGUCGACGGCCAGCCAAACACCGACUAUAUUAACGCAAAUUUCGUCGCCUAUAACCAGAAGCUGUAUAUCUGUUGUGAGGGACCCAUCGAGUCGACUGUCAAAGACUUUUGGCGAAUGAUUUAUGAAUGCGAGUCAUCAGUGAUUGUGAUGUUAACCGGUUGUGAAGAACAGGGUUUAGAGAAAUGCGCUCAAUAUUGGUCCGACGAUGGCGUCAAAACCAUUGACAAUCAGUUUGCUGUUAGUGUCCAAAGUGUUCGCAUUUAUUCCGAUUAUAUCAUACGUCGGUUCCAGUUGUCGACCAUUGAUCACAAAUAUAGCAGAGAUGUCCUCCAAUUUCAUUACAUGAUGUGGAAAGACGUCUCGCCAUCGGAACUGUUGCCUUCAGGCAUCUUAAGGCUCAUGAAACACGUGAACGAAAACUACUGUCCAGACAGAGGACCCAUUGUAGUCCACUGUUGCUCGGGUUUGGGCCGAUCGGCCACUUAUAUCGCCAUCGACUCACUAUUGCCCGAAAUUAUCUCAGGAUUUGUCAAUAUCUAUGACUGUGUUCUCAACAUUAGAUACCAACGAAACCAAUCCAUACAGACUCCCGACCAAUACGUCUUCAUCUAUAAAGCGCUUCUCGAGUUCGCUAUCUUUGGUGACACCGAAGUAGAUAUCGAGCAUUUCGAGACCUAUUAUCAACAGAUAAUUGAAGAGCAAAUAGAUAACGUAAAUCUACUCAAUACACAGUUCGACAGACUGGAGUUUACAUUAGGAGACCCGAAGUCAUGCGAAUGCGGAUUAUUGCCCGAAAAUAUCGAUAAGAAUCGCUUCAAUCAUGGAUACGACAGAUACCUGACAUUCAUUGCAACCCAAGACCCUCUCGAGUCAACGCUCAAAGACUUUGUUUGUAUGGUAUACGAAGAGAACGUAUCUGUGAUUGUGAUGCUGUCAGAGGCCAGUGAUGUCUGUUACUGGCCCUCAACGGAGUCAACGUAUGGUAAUUACUCGAUAAAACUGAUGAAUAGACGGUCGGAGCAGAGCUCGCGACACAUAUCGGCGCUUGAAUUGCAAGUAUCGAAACUGUCGUCGUAUGUGACGGACAGUGGGGCUCAUGGGGUGACAGUCUAUCAGUUGUGCGGAUGGAGUGAUGCUAUUAUACCGGAGACAACGAUGGCUUUAAUUGAAUUAUGCGAAACAGUGCUCAACGAGAGUCAAACCAAAUCUCCAAUUCUAGUCCAGUGUUGCAACGGAUCCCAGAGAUGCUGUCUUUUCAUAGCACUCCUCAGUCUUAUCCAACAAAUUAAAGUCGAUAAGAGAGUCGAUGUCUUUCAGACGGCCAGAGCCACCAAAAUGCAGAGAUGUUCAGCCUUUCAGCGCUUUGAAGAGUACGCCUUCCUAUACACAGCACUUAUGGAUUAUAUCGUAUCGAGAAAUCUUUGUGACACAAGUGAUGUUGUUUUAUAACUACUGUCCAAAAGCAAGACUAACUAAAUAUGAAGAGAUGAAUGCUAGAGAUACGGACACAUCGUAUGGAGAGGUCGGCCGUCACACCAAAUAAAAGUUUUUCUGAUAAAACGAUUGGACUUUGUCUGCAAUUUAGAUGUUUAUCUGAUUUAACAAAUAUUUUUUCUCCACUUUGUUAAUAGCAAAACUUAUAAAACAUAACAUAUUGUUUAUUAAAUAAAACGGAGUCAAAACAAUAAAUGCAGAAAAUAAUUCAAUAAAUAUAUACAGAAUGUAUAAACAAAAUGAUAAUAAAAUUUGUUGC